AUGGUGGUGGAAUCUUCAUCACGAUCUGUCCACUGGCAACGUGAGGGGUCGCGAUAUCACAAUGCCAGCCGUCUCAAAAUCGGCACGUUUGUUGGCGUCCCUCACCAGGUUCGUCGUUUUCCCCCAAUUGACGCUGCCACGCAUCGCCCGUGGUCCACCGACUUACACGAGACCUUGUCGCCCCAAUGCAGGCCCUUGCCCUCAAUAAGACACCGAGCUGUCUUGUCGGCCACGACGGCCUCUAGAAGCAGUAGCUCCGCCACCGCUUCAGCCGAGCAGGUAAAGCAGGCCGAGGCCAGCUACAAGCUCGUGGACCGCGCCGCCGACUUUGCAGCCAAGCAGGCCCGCCGGCCAGACUUUGACCACGCCGGCACGCCCAUUGAGGUGACCAAGCAGCCCAGCCCCGACUGGCAGUACGGCGACGGCGCGCUGGGCUACAACCCGUCGUGGACACACCGCCAAGUUGACCCCUACGCCACGGACCGGCCCAUGAUUCACAACUACAAGCUGCUCGUGUCGGGCAUCGCCCCGCGCCCCGUCGGCUUCAUCAGCACCGUGUCGGCCGACGGCCGCACCAAGAACCUCGCGCCGUUCAGCUACUUCCAGGUCGUCGACCACGACCCGCCCACGUUUGUCGUCGGCUUCUCGUCGCGGCCCGGCCGCGCAAAGGACACGUUCCGCAACCUGCAGGACACGGGCGAGUGCGUCAUCAACACCGUGUCCGAGAACAUGAUGGAGGCGGUCAACGCCACGUCGCUCGACCCCCCGCACGGCGUCUCGGAGUGGGCCAUUUCCGGCCUGCACGAGGCCCCCGCGGCCACUGUCCGGCCCAGCCGCGUCCACGAGUCCGUCUUCUCGGUCGAGGGCAAGGUCGUCGACGCCAAGGAGCUCGGGCACGGAAAGCCGGGCAUGAGCGCGGCUGGCGUUGUCCUCAUCCAGGCCACGCGCUUCUGGGUCCGCGAGGACGCCACCAACGACGAGGCCAGUCACAUCGAGCUGGACAAGCUGCGCCCGGUAGCACAACUGGGUGGCAUGUCGUACGGCCGCAUCACCUCGACGUUUGAGCUGCCCCGGAAAUGGUGGGCGGAUGAAAAGGCAAACUCCCCGCUGCUGUCUAGCCUCGAGUCGGACAAGCCUGACGCCUAA